AUGGCUGGUGCCCUCGUGCCCGACUGUGGGAAGAGUGGUGGAGAGCCUCCCCGGGCCGCCUCCGGAACCGGCAGUUGGAGGAGCCGUGGCCGCCGUCGCCCUAGCAGCAGCAGCAGCCGCAGCAGCAGCAGCAGCAGCCUUAGCCUUAGCCGCAGCCUCAGCCGCUCCGGAGCCGCCGGGAUGACCGCGCCCCCCGCGCCUCUCAAGGCCCCCCCCCCCGCGCCCAUCAAGGCCCCCCGCGCGCCCCUCAAGGCCUCCCGCGCCUCUCAAGGCCCCCCGCGCGCCCCUCAGGGUCCCCCGCGCGCCCCUCAAGGCCCCCCACGCAUCCCUCAAGGCUCCCCGUGCGCCCCUCAGGGUCCCCCGCGCGCCCCUCAAGGCCCCCCACGCGCCCCCCGCGUGCCCCUCAAGGCCCCCCGCGUGCCCCUCAAGGCCCCCCGCGCGCCUCUCAAGGCCCCCCACGCGCCCCUCAGGGUCCCCCGCGCGCCCCUCAAGGCUCCCCGUUUGCCCCUCAAGGCCCCCCGCGCGCCUCCCAAGGCCCCCAGCGCGCCCCUCAGGGUCCCCCGCGCGCCCCUCAAGGCUCCCUGCGCGCCCCUCAAGACCCCCCCGCGCCUGUCAAGGCUCCCCGCGCGCCCCUCAGGGUCCCCCGCCCCCAUCAAGGCCCCCCGCGCGCCCCUCAGGGUCCCCCGCGCGCCCCUCAGGGUCCCCCGCGCGCCCCUCAAGGCCCCCCGCGCGCCCUUCAAGGCCCCCCGCGCGCCCCUCAAAGCACUCUCGCGCGCCCCUCAAGGCCCCCCGCUCGCCCCUCAGGCCCCCUCGUACGCCCCUCAAGGCCCCCCGCCCGCCCCUCAAGGCCCCCCGCGCGCCCUUCAAGGCCCCCCGCUAGCCCCUCAAGGCCCCCCACUUGCCCCUCAAGGCCCCCCGCUUGCCCGUUAA